ACGUCACAGAUUGCGCGGCGCAGGGAAGUUCGUCACCGCCGCUGGGCUGUUGGUCCCGCUGAAGCUAUCGAGGUUCUGAUCGUUUCCAUUUUUGUUUGGGUUCAAAUUCGGACUCUUGGCGACGCUUUCUGAAAGAUAAAUCAACAAAUAAACACUGCGCGCUGUUUAUUCGUCUGUUACGAGCACCGGAAACAGCAGAGUAAAGCGAAAGUUAAGGGACGAAAAUGAGUGUGGAGGCUUACGGGCCGAGUUCCCAGACCCUCACCUUCCUGGACACCGAAGAAGCGGAGCUGCUCGGAGCGGACACCCAGGGCUCCGAGUACGACUUCACCGACUUCACUCUUCCGAGCCAGACGCAAACACAAGGCCAGACCCAGAGCCAGUUGGACGGACAGAUCAAUGGUCCUGAUGAGGGUCUUCACAAUGGAGGAAUGGAUGACUCUGUGGUCAAAACCAGCCAGUUGUUGGGCGAGCUCAACUUUGAGGAGGAUGAAGAAGACACCUACUACACCAAAGAUCUUCCAAUACACGCAUGCAGCUACUGCGGCAUCCAUGAUCCAGCGUGUGUGGUGUACUGCAACACCAGUAAGAAGUGGUUCUGUAAUGGCCGUGGUAACACGUCUGGCAGCCACAUUGUGAACCACAUGGUGAGGGCCAAAUGUAAAGAGGUGACUCUUCAUAAAGACGGGCCUCUGGGCGAAACGGUGCUGGAGUGCUACAACUGCGGCUGUCGCAACGUCUUCCUGCUGGGCUUCAUCCCAGCUAAAGCCGACUCUGUGGUGGUGCUGCUCUGCAGGCAGCCGUGUGCGAGCCAGAGCAGCUUGAAAGACAUCAACUGGGACAGCUCCCAGUGGCAGCCGCUGAUCCAGGACCGCUGCUUCCUGUCCUGGUUGGUGAAGAUCCCGUCGGAGCAAGAGCAGCUCCGCGCCCGUCAGAUCACUGCCCAGCAGAUCAACAAGCUGGAGGAGCUCUGGAAGGACAAUCCUGGCGCUACGUUGGAAGACCUGGAGAAACCCGGAGUGGAUGAAGAACCCCAGCAUGUGCUGCUGCGCUACGAAGACGCCUACCAGUACCAGAACAUCUUCGGCCCUUUGGUCAAACUGGAGGCCGACUAUGACAAAAAGCUAAAAGAGUCACAGACUCAAGACAAUAUAACCGUCAGGUGGGACCUGGGGUUAAACAAAAAGCGGAUUGCAUAUUUCACACUUCCCAAGACGGAUUCAGGUGAUAUGCGGCUGAUGCAGGGCGAUGAGAUCUGCCUGCGCUACAAAGGAGAUCUGGCUCCUCUGUGGAAAGGCAUCGGCCAUGUCAUCAAAGUCCCCGACAACUAUGGGGAUGAAAUUGCCAUUGAGCUGCGCAGCAGCGUCGGAGCGCCUGUGGAAAUCCCUCAUAACUUCCAAGUGGAUUUUGUUUGGAAAUCAACUUCCUUUGACAGGAUGCAGAGCGCCCUGAAGACGUUUGCUGUCGAUGAAACCUCCGUGUCCGGUUACAUUUACCACAAACUUCUGGGUCACGAGGUCGAAGACGUCACCAUCAAGUGCCAGCUGCCGAAGCGCUUCACCGCUCCGGGCCUGCCGGACCUGAACCACUCACAGGUUUACGCUGUGAAGACGGUGCUGCAGCGGCCGCUCAGUCUCAUCCAGGGGCCGCCCGGCACCGGGAAAACCGUCACCUCCGCCACGAUCGUGUACCACCUGUCCCGACAGGGAAAUGGACCUGUCCUGGUGUGCGCUCCCAGUAACAUCGCCGUGGAUCAGCUGACGGAGAAGAUUGACAAGACUGGCCUGAAGGUCGUCAGGUUGUGCGCCAAGAGCCGGGAGGCCAUCGAGUCUCCGGUCUCUUUCCUGGCGCUCCACAACCAGAUCAGCAACAUGGACAGCAUGCCGGAGCUCCAGAAGCUGCAGCAGCUGAAGGAUGAGACCGGAGAGCUGUCGUCUGCUGAUGAGAAGCGUUACCGGGCUCUGAAGCGCACCGCCGAGAGGGAGCUGCUCAUGAACGCUGACGUGAUUUGCUGCACCUGCGUUGGAGCUGGAGAUCCCCGUCUGGCCAAGAUGCAGUUCCGGUCCAUUCUGAUCGACGAGAGCACCCAGGCCACCGAGCCGGAGUGCAUGGUCCCGGUGGUGCUGGGAGCAAAGCAGCUGAUUCUGGUGGGCGACCACUGCCAGCUGGGUCCGGUGGUGAUGUGUAAGAAAGCGGCAAAGGCGGGUUUGUCUCAGUCUCUGUUCGAGCGACUGGUGGUGCUGGGAAUCCGGCCGAUCCGCCUGCAGGUCCAGUACCGCAUGCACCCGGCUCUCAGUGCCUUCCCGUCCAACAUCUUCUACGAGGGCUCCCUGCAGAAUGGCGUUACAGCAGCUGAUCGCAUCAAGAAAGGUUUCGACUUCCAGUGGCCUCAGCCGGACAAACCCAUGUUCUUCUACGUGACUCAGGGUCAGGAGGAAAUCGCCAGUUCUGGAACGUCAUACCUGAACAGGACCGAGGCAGCAAACGUGGAGAAAAUCACCACCAGGUUGUUGAAGGCAGGAGCGAAACCGGACCAGAUCGGCAUCAUCACGCCGUACGAGGGUCAGCGCUCCUACCUGGUCCAGUACAUGCAGUUCAGCGGCUCCCUGCACACCAAGCUGUAUCAGCAAGUGGAAAUCGCCAGUGUGGACGCCUUCCAGGGCAGAGAAAAGGAUUUCAUCAUCCUGUCCUGUGUUCGAGCCAACGAGCAUCAGGGCAUCGGGUUCCUGAAUGACCCGCGGCGUCUGAAUGUGGCGCUGACCAGAGCAAAGUACGGAGUGAUCAUCGUGGGGAACCCCAAAGCGCUGUCCAAGCAGCCGCUGUGGAACAACCUGCUGAACUACUACAAGGAGCAGAAGGUUCUGGUGGAGGGCCCGCUCAACAACCUCAGAGAGAGCCUCAUGCAGUUCAGCAAGCCUCGCAAACUGGUCAACACCAUCAACCCGGGAGGACGUUUCAUGAGCACCGCCAUGUAUGACGCCCGCGAGGCGCUCAUCCCAGGUUCCGCCUACGACCGCAGCAGCGCUGCUGGACGUCCGUCCAACAUGUAUUUCCAAACUCACGAUCAGAUCGGGAUGAUCGGAACCGGGCCGGGUCAGAUGGCGGCCAUGAACAUCCCGAUACCCUUCAACCUGGUGAUGCCCCCGAUGCCUCCGCCCAGCUAUCUGGGUCAGACCAACGGCCCGGCUGCAGGCCGCGGUGCCAUGAAGGGUAAACCUGGACGUGGAGGAAGGCAGCGGGUCCGCGGCUCGGCUCACCACGGCAACGGGCCCAACAGCCAGGCCAGCCAGGACGGGGCUUCCCAGUCCUUCUCCCAGGGGCCACUGACUCAGGGUUACAUCUCCAUGAGCCAGCCCUCUCAGAUGAGCCAACCUGGCCUCUCCCAGCCAGAGUUGUCCCAGGAUAGCUACCUGGGCGACGAGUUCAAGUCCCAGAUCGAUGUAGCUUUGUCCCAGGACUCGACUUACCAGGGUGAACGUGCGUACCAGCAUGGCGGGGUGACUGGACUGUCACAGUAUUAAAGUGUUGCCUGAAGAAGGGAGCUAGGCUUGAGCUGAGCUUAGUUCAUCAGCUUUUUAAUCCGGGAAAUAAUAAAAACAUAAAAUGGAUACCUGUUUUCCUCUGCUACAUCCGAAGCACCACCAAGUGAAAGCGACGGGAUAGCGAAACCAAACCGAUGACCAGCGAGAGAAUGGGAGGGAAGAAGGAGGAGGAGGAGAGAGCGCUAACAGACGGGCAGCGAGACGGAAAGAGGCCGCGUGAGCGAGCGAGCGAGCGAGAGGCGACGUCCGUGCUGAGUGAAGGAGGAAAGUCGAGGAUCUGGCGGCAUCAGGUCGGGCUGCUGAGGGAAACAGAGGAGAGAUCCGCGGUCUCUCCUGAGAAUCCAAGAGGCUCCGCUCCCCCAAACCCCAACCCCGGCCGUCCACACCCGCAGCUUCUGGGAAACGCUCCAGGAUCAAAGCCAAUCAGUGGAAUUUUGAAGAACUCUAAAAAUUUGGACAUAAACUGUGUCAGAAACAAAACGACACUCUCUCCCCCCGACCUCACCUGAAGGCGGGCUGAUCGCCAACCUGCCUCAACGUCCCACAGAAUUAAAAACGAUUCGGCUCGUCGGGGGAGGACACCCCGCCGGGCCCGGACUCCUCGGCAGCCUCCGCAGGAAGCAGCAGUCGACUCUCCCUCUCAGAGGACGCAGGAACACUCCAGUCUGACGUCGAAAUGCCUUCGUUUGCCUCGGGAACCGCCGGCGCCGUCACAAGGUCUCCAGCGAGGCGGCGGCGGACGCGGCGCGCGGACUUCAGGCAGGCAUGAGACGCAAAUCCCGCCGACCGACGUGGUGAUCGCCACGGGACAGUUUUUCUUCUCUGAAUACCUUUCUUACCACAGAGCACAAAAUUGCAUCGAAAAAUAAUAAUAGUUGGUGAAACUAUCAAAACAUGACCAGCAGUAAAUAUUUGGCUCAGUGUCAUUUGAUGUUUCAGCUUAAGGCUUUUUUUUCCUACUGUAAUGUCACGACAGGGGGGGGGGGUUGUUGGCGUUUCGCUUCAUGACCAGAUUUUUUUUAUUUUAUUUUUGACUGUACUCUGUGUGCUUAGAUUGGCGAAUGCUUAAACGCUUUGUGCUGAGGGGUUCCUCGGAGCGGAAAGUGUUUUUUUUCCACACCCAAUGAACGAAUCCCCGCUUGACUUGGGAGUGGAAUAAGUGUGGAGGGAAACGACGAGGCAAUCGAACCACUGAGAGGUAGAAAAGGAAGGUGGCUGAGGGAGAAACCAGUUCGGAAACAAAAUAUUUAUAAAGAAAAGGUGUGGCUGUUUGGCCAAACUACCGUAAUUGGGGAUGAGAUUAAUCCUGUAAUUUAAAAACUUCCUGAUCAGCAGGAACGCCAUUAGCUCUGAUCAGAUGACGGUGGGAUGAAUUAAAAGAGACAAAUACUAAUCAGUGCCUAAAACCAUUCAACCUUCAGAUAAAAAGCUGCAGCACAGCCAUGAAUGUAGUUGGAGUUGAACUACCAGCAUUUGACGACCCCUUAGAGCAAGAUGGCCGCCACAGAAAGGAGUUUUGUUGAAUCAGCGAGGUUGAUGUUGGUCUUGACUAAAAGCCACCUUCCUUCUCUGUGGAGUAAAAACGGGCUGGUCGAGUUUAUUUUACCUUCAGUGGCGUUUUGAUUUGUCCAGAGCUGUUCUGCUUGCUUUAUGUAUUUUAUUCCUUUUUGGAGAUUUAUGACGUUUUAGCUUCCUGGAGAUCUGAGGGCCUUUUUGUUGUUCAAUCAGUUGCUGCUGUGUGCAUCAUGAUCAGCGGGUGGUGUUGUUUUUUUGGCCCAUUUCUACAAAGAUUUCUCUUUUGUAGCAUUUUGCCGACUACAGGAAGGAGGCAGACGCCAUUUUCCUUCCCUCACCUGGACUUUUGUAUCCUCCUUAAACUGUCUGAUGGGAUUGUAGUUUUGUAAGCAACACUUCCUGUAAGAAUGUAGUCCUCACCUGCUUCUCACGUCUGCAGACAUGUGACAAUCCUGUUCCGGGUAGAUGAUGUUUAACUCAGAGUUUUUGUUGACAUCCGGCUCUCAUUUGUGCUAUGAAUUAUUUUAACCCGCUCCACUGAAGGCCUAACAUGUUGAUAGCUUUAAUGGAAAACGCUGCCCUAAUAUAGUUUUGUAGUUUUUCCAUCAUCGGAGCAGCGGUCGGUUGAAACGCGCAGUGAUUUUUAUCUUAGAAGUGGUUCAGUAGAUUUGCUCAAACAUCUGCAUCCGAUCUGAAUAUUUGAGUUCAGAGAUUAAAUUCGUGGAUUUAAUGUGAUGUAAAUAGCGUUUGAAGCAGUGGAUAUUCUUUGCAGUGCUGUUUUAUCACAAGACGGCGUUUCCCUUGGUAACUGAAUCAAUAAAGGUAGUCGAUUUGA